AUGGCCUCUUCCAACACAUCCUGGUGUGAGGAGAACUUUUCAUGUUCCAUGUGUAUGGAUGUGUUCAACAGCACAGUCUCCACACCAUGUGGACACAACUUCUGCAGAACCUGUAUUACAAAGUUCUGGGAUGACAAAGACCAGCACAUAUGUCCUGUUUGCAACCAGAAUUUUCCCACAAGACCUGAUUUACAGGUCAAUACUUUCACAUCAGAGAUGGUUGAUCAGUAUAGAAAGUCUGUACUGGCAAAAGAGCAGCCUUGUGUUGGACCAGGAGAAGUUCCCUGUGACGUCUGUACUGGAACCCAGCAGAAGGCUUUGAAGUCCUGCCUAAUGUGUCUUAUCUCCUACUGCCAAACCCACCUGGAGCCCCAUCAGAGAGUUUCCGUUCUGAAGAAACAUCAGCUGGUCGAGCCUAUGGACCGUCUGAAAGACCGGAUGUGUAAGAAACAUCAACAGCUUCUGGAGCUCUAUUGCCAUGCUGAACAGGUGUGUGUCUGUCUGUCCUGCACAGAGAUGGACCACAAGUCCCAUCCUGUUGUACCCCUAAAGGAUGAAUAUGAAGUAAAGAGAGCCAAGCUGGGGAAGAUAGAUUCUGAAGUUCAGCAGAUGAUCCAGGAGCGACAACGAAAGAUUCAGGAGAUCGAAGACACAUUCAAAUGCAGCAGAGCUGACGCAGACAGAGCAAUAGCCGAUGGUGUGCAGGUUCUCACUGCUCUGAUGCGCUGCAUUGAAAAGUGCCGUGAUAAUCUCAACAAAACUAUUAAAGAGGAACUGAAAUCCGCAGAGAAACAAGCUGAAGGCCUCAUCAAGGAGCUGGAGCAGGAAAUAAAAGAUCUGACCAAUAGAAGCUCAGAGGUGAAGCAGCUCUCACACACUGAAGACCACCUCCACUUCCUCCAGACCUUUACAACCCCGAGGAAUCCUCCACCCCCCAGGGACUGGACAACGGUGGAGUUCCAUCCUCCGUCAUUCUUAGAGACCUUGAGGAGAUCCCUGGAUCAGCUGGAGGAAACACUGAACAUGGAUAUGAAGAAGCUGCCUGUCUUGAAAUCAACUCUAACUAAGUAUGCCUGUAAACUCACACUGGACCCAAACACAGCCCACAUACAACUUUCGCUGUCUGAGGACCACAGAAAGGUGAUGAUGGUUGGAGGGGACCAGUCAUAUCCGGAUCACCCAGAGAGAUUUGAUUCCCGGUCCCAGGUGUUGUGUAGAGAGGGUCUGACUGGCCGCUGUUACUGGGAGGUAGAGAGGGAAGGACGUGUUUCUAUAGGAAUGACAUACAGAGAAAUCACAAGGAAAGGAAAGGGUAAUGGCUGUAGGCUUGGAGGGAACAACAAGUCCUGGAGGCUUCAAUGUUCUGAUGAUGGUGUUUACAUUUCACGGUACAACAAUAGUGUAACAGAGAUACGUCUCCCCCCCUCUGACUCUAACAGAGUAGGAGUGUAUCUGGACCGGCCUGCUGGCACUCUGUCCUUCUACAGAGUGUCCCCAGGUGGAGGAGGGUCCUCAGACACACUGACACACAUCCACACCUUCCAGUCCACCUUCACCCAGGACCUCUACCCUGGGUUUGUGUUAGUGCCUGGUUCCUCAGUUUGUCUGUGUCGGUUUUAUUAACACACACACACACACACACACACACAC